GACCGGCCAUCCCAGAUAGCUGGGGGGCGGAGGGCACUUACUACUGCAGGUGGAUGGUCGUAACUAGCAGCUUCCUGGAGGGGUAGACCGCUGGGCAUGGGCCUCCCGAGGCUUCGCCAUGAGCUUCCUCAUCGAUUCCAGCAUCAUGAUCACCUCCCAGAUACUGUUUUUUGGAUUUGGAUGGCUUUUCUUCAUGCGGCAGUUGUUUAAGGACUAUGAGGUGCGGCAGUACGUUGUGCAGGUGAUCUUCUCCGUGACGUUUGCGUUCUCCUGCACCAUGUUUGAGCUGAUCAUCUUCGAGAUCUUGGGCGUCCUGAACAGCAGCUCCCGUUAUUUUCACUGGAAAAUGAACCUGUGUGUAAUUCUGCUCAUCCUGGUUUUCAUGGUGCCUUUCUACAUUGGUUAUUUUAUCGUGAGUAACAUCCAACUGUUGCACAAACAGCGCCUGCUCUUUUCCUGUCUCUUAUGGCUGACCUUCAUGUACUUCUUCUGGAAGCUGGGAGAUCCGUUCCCCAUCCUCAGCCCAAAGCACGGGAUCUUGUCCAUAGAGCAGCUCAUCAGCCGGGUAGGCGUGAUCGGGGUGACGCUCAUGGCUCUGCUUUCCGGAUUUGGUGCUGUCAACUGUCCAUACACAUACAUGUCCUACUUCCUCAGGAACGUGACUGACACAGAUAUCCUUGCACUGGAACGGCGGCUGCUGCAGACCAUGGACAUGAUCAUUCACAAAAAGAAAAGGAUGGCCAUGGCACGGAGAACCAUUUUCCAGAGGGGGGAAGUGCAGAACAAGCCGUCAGGCCUCUGGGGCAUGCUCAAGAGCGUUACUGCAUCAGCCCCAGGAAGCGAAAAUCUGACUCUUAUCCAACAGGAAGUAGAUGCUCUGGAAGAACUAAGCAGGCAGCUUUUUCUGGAAACAGCUGAUCUGUAUGCUACUAAGGAAAGAAUUGAAUACUCCAAAACAUUCAAGGGAAAGUAUUUUAAUUUCCUGGGUUAUUUUUUCUCUAUUUACUGUGUCUGGAAAAUUUUCAUGGCAACCAUCAAUAUUGUUCUUGAUCGAGUUGGGAAGACUGACCCUGUCACCAGAGGCAUCGAGAUCACUGUGAACUACCUGGGGAUCCAGUUCGACGUGAAGUUCUGGUCUCAACACAUUUCCUUCAUUCUGGUUGGAAUAAUCAUCGUCACAUCCAUCAGAGGACUGCUGAUCACUCUUACCAAGUUCUUCUAUGCCAUCUCCAGCAGUAAGUCCUCCAAUGUCAUUGUCCUGCUGUUAGCACAGAUCAUGGGCAUGUACUUCGUGUCCUCCGUGCUGCUGAUCCGAAUGAGCAUGCCCCCAGAGUACCGCAUCAUAAUCACAGAAGUCCUGGGAGAGCUUCAGUUCAACUUCUAUCACCGUUGGUUUGAUGUCAUCUUCCUGGUCAGUGCCCUCUCCAGCAUAUUGUUCCUCUAUCUGGCUCACAAACAGGCCCCAGAGAAACAUAUGGCACCCUGAACUCAGACCCACGACAGGUGUCAGGAAAGGACACAGUGGACUACCAAGGCCUAACGCUCUAUGUACAGCUG